AAAUAACUAAACAGUAAACAUAAGCAAAAAUAAAUGGUGUAGUACACUACUAUACAGUCAUUAUUAAAAUGGAUAAAAAUAAAACGCUAUUUUUUAAGAAAACAUUAAAUGAAUUUUUCAGUCACCUUUACAGCCACAGCGUGGAAACUAGAUCUAAGUUUGUUGUGACAAAAUCACAAAAGAGCUUCAAUAGUGAGAAAGUUUAUCCAAACAAAAAUCAAGGCCUUACUUGGAAAGAUGAAACUCCAUACUUCACUUUUGGGUGCAGAGACUAUCACUGUCAUCAUGGCAAAGAUACGAAUUUGUCUAGAAAAAAGGCAUAUUCUGAAAAAAGGGAUAAAGAGGCUGAAAUCGAUAGUUCUACAAAAAGAUACAAUACGACGCAAAAAACAAAAAAGUUGGACUGUCCCGCACAUUUCACGGUCUAUAAAGUUAUUUGGAUGCCAGAAUACAAACUUGCAGGUAUACUGUCUCAAAAAUAUGAGAAGAAAAAGGCAUCAGAUAUUAUAAAGAAGAAAGUGGAAAAUGGAGAGAGUGUAGGAGAAGAGGGUUUUCUCUACAAUCUACCAAAUAUUGAAGAACACUCGAAUCAUGUAAUUAGUGAUGCAACAGAACCAUUAGACAGCCAAGUAAGGGAUUACAUAUAUCAUUUGGUUCACAGUGGAGAGAGGAACGCUCUAGAAAUUAUGAAGCUGCUUGAAACAUUCGUCGAAAGCCAACUAAAUGAAACUGAUCGAAAUCGAAGAAGAUUUUAUCCAACUUUGAGAAAAGUCAGGAGAAUAAUUUCAAGUGAAAAAUUAAAGUUGAAGGGUUCUUUGGACCUAGAAAAUGUAGAAAUUUUUAUUGACAGUUGGGAUGAGGAAAAUGAACAAUCAGAAAUUGUAGAGGUAACAACAGAAGAUUAUCAACAACUUCCACUGCAUGGGAGCAAUUGUAGAGGAUCAUCAGAACCAUCAGAAAAUGUAGAGGAAACAACAGCUACAGCAGAGGAUCGAGACGGAAGCAACCGUCGACAUCUUCUGAAUGAUUUCAAUUCAGCUUUGAGGACCCUACAGUCUGUAGGCUGCAACUUGAGUGACAGUGAUUUAAUUACUUGUACUAAUUACUUGAAAACUGUUAUUGAAAGCACUUUGUGUAAAGUUUCUGUUAAUGAAAAUAGUGGUUUACAGGUUGAUCCAAAGACCGAAUCUAGCCUCAACAGCCAGACAAAUUACGAGAAGCUGUCAGUCACACUCAAAAGACGGUGUAAUGCAGACAUGAUGAAAGAAUCUUCUAAAUUGAAUAUCAAAGAUCAAUGUCCGGAUGCCGUGCUCGUGAAAAAACAAAGAUUGCAAUAAUCAAUUAUCACAAUCAUCACACAGUAAGCUCAUUGUAAAUUAUCUUAAAGGUUUCAUUCGUAAUUUCAUGACACAAUCUGUAAAGGACUUAAAGUUCAAACAUCGAAUCAACCUAAUGAUGCCAAUAUAAUAACAAUUAUUGCAAUGUAUAAAUCAUACUUUAAGAUUUCAGAGGUUCCAAUUCAUUGAGAAAUAAUUAUCAAAAGUAUAGUGUUGAUCUCAUCACAGCAGAUACCGUUAUUGGCUAAAUAAAACUAUUCAUGUGGGAAAAGAGGCUUUAACAAUUAUUAUAUGAUUUUGAACUAAUUCGUGAUAUUCGUUGUACUCUAUUUUAUGUUGAACUAAUUUUUGAGUUACGAACGAUAAAAUCUAUCUUAGUGUUUCGUUAUAUUUGUUGGAAUUUAUCUAUUGAUCUAUUCGAGUGAUACGGACGAUAAGGAUUGUUUCCAGUUUUUCGUUAUAAUUUGUUGAACUUAUUCCUGAAGUAUGAACGAUAAAAUUUUUCUCAGGCUUUUUCGUUAUAUUAUUAUGUUGAAAAUAUUCGUGUGAUGCGGACGAUAAAGAUUGUUUUCAGUUUUAUCGUUAUAUGUUGUUGAAUAUAUUCCUGUGGUACGAACGAUAAAGUUUGCCUGUAGUUUUCCGAUACAUUCUGUGGAACUUAUUCGUGUGAUUAUUUUCGUGAUAACAAUAAAUUAAUUCGUGGGAACAACGUAUUCGUGUGACUCGAACACGAAUCCAGAAGCCAAGAUGCGGUUUUGGACCCUAAUGAAAGUGACCCUCGGAAUUAUUAUCACGGGUGAAUGAAUUUAUUCUGGCCACUCUAAUUGAUUUAAUAUUGGACCGAACCUUCCCUUGAAAUUGUUAAAAAUUACGUCUAUCGUAGUCUAUUUGGCGGCUGGAGUAAGAGAUAGGUUGUACUGUGCUAUUAUUAUUAAGUAUUAUCUAAUUGUUACAAGUUGAUAAUUACUCUGAAUGUUAUUUGCUGGAAAUGCUAGUGUUUCUUUUGUGUUUUAUUAGAAUUUGUAUCGGAUGAGAGAUGCGAAUAAUUUUAUGUUCCAACGUUGACAGCUAAUUGGAUAUUCUCACCUACUAUUAAGGAAUACUUAAAAUCAAUUUGUCAAUUUUAUUCAAUUGUACCAUUAACGAGAAGUCAGUUAUAAUUUUGUUAACAAUUAACCUGACGACAAUAGCAUAUUUUCAUAAUGUAAAGAGUAGUUAAAUGUGUGUAUCUGUGUUUUUAAGUCGAUGUCUAUGGCAUUAAUUUGGUUUAUUGUUAGAAUUUGAAUUUAAUGAGAGUUGCGAAGAAUUUUAUGUUCCAACGUUGACAACUAAUUGUACAUUCUAGCGAACUAUUGAGGGAUACCUUCAAUCAAUUUAUUCAAUUUCUAGCGUGAAUUAAAUCUAUUUCGU